AUGGUUGCUAUCAAGGUUGCUGCUGCUGGCCUCCUCAUCGGAGCUGCCACCGCUUCUCCCUACUACGCCCCUCCCUCCAACGGCACCACUCACUACACCACUGAGGUUGUCACCGCCAUCACAACCUACUGCCCUGGUGCUACCACUCUCACCUACGGUGACAAGACCUACACCGUCACCUCUGAGACCACCUUGACCAUCACCGACUGCCCUUGCACACUCAGCUACCCCGUCAAGCCCACCAAGCCCGUUGUCCCUCACCCCGUCUACACCACUGAGGUCAUCACCGCCGUGACUACCUACUGCCCUGAGCCCACCACUCUGACCUACGGCAACAAGACCGUCACUGUCACCGCUCCCGGCACCGUCACCGUCACCGACUGCCACUUCACCACCACCCACCCUGCUUCCGAGCACCCUUACCCUCAGCCCACUCCCGGCAAGCCCGGUAAGCCCGGCUACACUGCUCCCGCUGUCCCCGGCAAGCCUACCACCGCUGCUCCCGUCCCCGUCCCUACUGGCACCGCUACCUACCCCGUCCCCGAGGGUACCAACCCUGCCGUCGUCACCGCUGCUGCCGGCCGCAUUGCCCCCGCCGGCGUUCUCGCCGUCCUCGGUGCCAUUGCUCUCUUCUAA